CGGAGACUCUGAGUGCUGCUUUUCCAGUUGGCAAAAUCCAUGCUGCGCCACGCGGGUCCGCCGUUCACGGCAAUGCCUAUUACGAAGACGUCUACCGCGAACACUACCACGCGAAUAAGCGGAAAGCAGCCAUGAAAGAAUUGCCACCGGAUUUUGAGAAACUUUUGGCAGUCUCCUUCUUCGCAGGACAGCCGCCUCCAGCGCCGGAUGUUUUAUCGGACGUGGAAUCCGAUAGUGGAGCGUCGGUUGACAGCAUUUCUGGGGUUGUCAAAUGCGCUUGGGACUCUAGGCGUAAACAUCCACGUUACAUGUAUCCGCGAGACGUCGCAGUGGGAUUUUCGGAACCACUGCGGCCAACGACUUGGCCCAGUUAUGUGCAUUGGGUUUGGAAGAAGCAGAAAGACCGCAUUUUGGGCCAAUUAGCGACCGAAAAAGCAGAGAUCACAGGGUCUGGUGUCAGUACAACUAAACCAUCUGGAAGUGCUAGAGCACAGAAAGAACGUGGUAGGUCUAGGACACGUCGUGGGCGUGGUAAACGUGGUGGCAGUAGUUCUGCGACUGGAACGACAACUGAUACAGGACAACAAGAUGGUGUUCUCGACAGCACAACAACUUCAAGAUCCC